UCAUAACCAGCUUUUUCCGAAAAGGCAUUCUACUCUUCAGUAGGAAGAAAAGCAGGUAUAGAUAUUUUUCUUACAAUUAUGUCCUUCCAUUACAGUAAAGAGCUUAGUCGGGACUUGAAUAUUCCAAAGCAAUUUCAAAAACAGGAUAUCAAAAGACUAGCUUCUGGGAAAUCCAGCCAUAAUGUCAAAACGGCUGAUCGAUUUGGAAGAAGUAAUACUACUGUCAAGAACAUGGUAACUUUCAAUGACAUCAACACGCUAAUGCGUUUUAGAAGAUUAACAGAUCUUGAAAUACUAGCGGCUCAAUGUAAAGUAUUAGAUAGUGGCAUGAAUUGGACAGAUGGUUUACUGGGAUUUUUCGGGACAGCGGCAGCAGUUGCUGGCAUUCUAUUGUUGCCCGGAUGGGGAUUGGCGCUGUCUGGAGUGUGUUUUGGCGCGGCGAUAGGCAAAGGAAUGCUGGGGUCCGCUUCCAUUGAAAGAGAUUGCGCUGAUGUACCAUUUUAUGAAUUAGAGGUGAGACUAAAUAAAACUUUAGGUGAAAUAAACAGGAAAUUAGAUCAGCAAGCAGAAAUAUUAAAAGACAUUUCUAACUCAGUCAAAAAAACUUUAACUGAAAUAGAAAAUAUGAGAAUAGCGAUGGACCGAGGAUUUGAGAACAUUUUAAAUUCUAUAGAAGGACAAGAUGUGAAUGAAUUGGUUUCAACUAUAAACAAAGCUUAUAAAUCUUUUACGUUUAGUGAAAGUAACAGAGGAAGCGCUCCAAAAGACCAAUAUGUGAAUUUUAUAGAGCAGGAGAUCGGAGAUAAUACUUUAUUUAACUACGUUAAACUGGGUGGCAAGUUGUACGAAGCUCUGCUUUCGAUCAUCGAUAAAAAGUACGCGAUCCCAAAAGAUAUAAAUCACCAGAAUGCUUACAAUGCUCUAACUGCUCUCAGUUUCGGAACCGUUACUUAUUCAAAUAUUGUACUUUCUUUAUUAGAUCAGUAUACUUACGUUGCCGAAUAUUACUACCAGGAACGAGAUCUCAUUAAAUUUAAUAAAUAUCUUGAUCGCCUCAUAUUUUAUUUUACAACUUUCAAACACAUUUUUACAACAGCUGACAAUGGCAUAGUUAACGAUGUCUUAAAGAUUAUGAAAGAAGUACAGGAAAAACACGACAUCAAAAACGCUAAAAAAGAAUUGUACAAUGGCCUAGUAGGUAAAACAAAUAAUUUGAAAUCCAUAAAACAAAAGUUUCAGAUUAUGAGUUUACAUAUCAUAGAAGAAACGCCGAUAAAUGAAAUUGAUAUUAUCUUUAAUGCUGGUGGGAAAGUAAGCAGAACGAAUUUUUUAGAUUGGAAAAGAGGAGUUGAAGUUAGCUACGCACUUCAGUACGAAAAAGAUGGCAAGUAUUCCAAAAUAAGCAAAUGGGUAACUCAAGAAGUGCUUGACAUUGCUAACCCUCAGAUAUCAAUUAGAAAUUCGAACCAGAAAAACCGGAUCGUUUUUCGGAAAUUUGCUAACAAUCUACCAGAAGUGGUUCACAUUAUUUCUGGUUCUCUGUUACAGUUUAGGGAUCUUGAUAGAGAUUUAUAUGAUUUAGCGUCUAAAAACUCUUACAAUGACAACAGUAUAUUGCAAAAUAUGAAUAAACUUUUAAGUCUUGGCGCCAGCGUCUCUGCCGUUUUUGAAAGCAAAAGAAGCGUGAUUCACGCAGCAGCUGCAGCAGGAAGAGUUAAUAUGUUGAAGCGAAUUUUAGAAGUCGAUCGUAAAGUCCUUAAUCUGAAAGAUUCGGUAGGUUACACUCCUUUGCACAUAGCUGUUGAGAACAAAAGAGAUGAUUUCGUGCGCGAGCUAGUAAAACAGGGUGCUGAUGUCAAUGCAAAAACGAAUGAGCAUGGCGUAACACCAUUACAUUUAGCAGUGCGCUUCCAGUCCGAAAAAAGCGUAGAAUAUUUAUUAGCUAGCGACAAAAUCAAACCUAACGAGGUAGAAAAAUCCGGAAAAACUCCCCUGCACAUCGCUGUUUCAGAUAAUUCUUUGAGCACCAAACUUGUUGAACAGUUUAUCAACAGUAAUAAGGUGGAUGUGAAUGUCAAAGAUACUUUAGGACUAACGGCAUUACAUAUAGCAGUUUUGCUCAAUUCGACAGAAAAUGCCUUCAAUUUAAUGAGCAGGAAAGGAUGCGAUAUAUACGCUAAAGACAAGAACAACAUGGCACCCAUUCACUAUGCUGCAAUGAAAGGGUAUAGCAAUAUGUUCAGUGAUUUCAUCAAGUUUGGUAUUGAUAAUCUAAACUCUCUUGGUUCAGACAAAAAAUGGACUCCUAUUCAUUUUGCUGCCUAUUUUAAACACGAUGAUCUGGUAUAUGGUUUGGUAAUGUGGGAAGGGACGAAGAGAAAAAUCCUUGCAGAUGAGCCUGAUGUUGAUCAGCAGACGCCACUGCAUUUAGCUGCUCAAGCGGGUUUGAAGGAAGGUGUUAUUGUCUUAAUGCAGCAUGGCAAUGCAAAAGCUUACAAAAAGACUGCCGAUGGCUAUACACCCCUUGCUAUAGCAAUUCUUAACAAACAAACCGAAAGUGUUAAAGAUAUAGCAUGGUUAGAGUACGAUACGUUAGAAGAGUAUGAUAGCACAUAUACAAAAUUUAAAGUUAUAGAUUCACGAUCAUGUGAAUUAGCGAAGGAAAAGAAUUUCAUGUUUGAUUAUUUGGUUGAGCAAGGUCGCUGUGAUAGGCAUAAGUUUAAAAAAAGAAGUUUAAAUGUAGAGCGUAAAAACAAAGAGUUUAUGGAAUAUAGUAGACACUUUGUCCAAAAACAUUACACCGAAAAUGGAGCUAAGUGUUUAGCUGAUUCCUACGAAUUGAAUGAAGGUACUAAAGUUAAGGAAUCCAAAACUCACGCAAAUGUUGAUGUCACUGGUGCUUUGCUCUUGCUAGACUUAUUCAUUCGCAAAUUUACUAACGAGAAAUAUGUUUCUAACUGGAAGUUCGUAAACUCUCCUUACGAUGCAACUGUUCAGGCAUUGGAAAUAACUGAGAAAUUGAAUAAUUUAUUAAAUGAAAAGGGUUCGGAAAAUUUAGAUUCAUUUGACGUUUUUUCAAAGAUACAGAAAGCCAUACAAAGUGGUAACGAAAGUAAAUUUAUGGAUGCGUUAUGCUCUUAUAUUAACGAGUUUGCUUCGCUAAGACCUGAAGAAGUUAGGGGAAUUCUAAACGUAGUUUUACCGUAUACCAAAAUCCAAAUUUCCAAAAAUCAGAUCGACCGAAAACUGCAAAGUUUAGUCGAACAUUACUGCUUUGAGAAAACAUUUGGAAUGUAAUCUAAAUUUGUCAAAUAACAAAGUUCCUAUUCAUGGGACUCAAGUUAAGUUCAUUAAAUCUUAUAUUUAGUAUUAGA